AUGGGCAGCACAGAUAGCAUCCCCAUUGUGAGCCAGGUCAAGUCUCUUGUUCAAGUUAUUUCAGGUGAUGCGGAAGGUGCAAAGAGAACUCAGGAAAACUUCCUUCACACUGCCCCUGUUCUGUCCCAGAUCACAUCGGUCAUCCAAGCCAUUGAAGGAGACACCGAUGGUGCCAAAAAGACGCAGCAGGAGUUUGUUGAAAGUUUAGGACAUUUUGCCGAUGGGAUCCCCGUGGUUGGUCAUAUCAAAGGAGUAAUUGAAUAUGCCACUGGGCACAAGGCGGCUGGUGAUGCUUCCAUGAAGGCAGCCAGUCGAACAAUAGGUGUACUUGCUGGAGGAGCUGCCGGUUUUUUUGUUGGGGGGCCGGCUGGGGCAUUCCUUGGUGGUGUUGCAGCUGGAGCCGCAAUGGACGGUAUCAUCACGGGAGUUGAUUCGGCAGUUCAUCAUCAGUACUCCCCUUAUGGUGAAGUAUCAAUUGUGACAAAUAUGGUCAAUGGUCACUACGAUCCUGGAGAAGAGUUCGACUUUGCUGCUGGUAUCGGUUUUGAUGGACUAGCAGGUCUUGAAGAGGCAGGUGAAGGUAGCGUGACGCAGACUAUAUCUGAGCAUGUCACUGGAAAGCCAAUCUACCGUGUGUUGAAUGAUAACGCAGCUCUUGAGGCCAUACAGAAUCAAGCACUUCCUCCGCCCUACAUGGGAGGUGAGGUGUGGAUCGCUGAAAGCACAGAACACUCACGUGCCUUCACAAGUGGUGGCGCUGCCAAUCGCACUAAUGUUCUUCAAAUCAAAAUUGAUAAAGGAUGGUAUACGAAGAUGCGAGAUGAAAAUCUUGUUCAUCAGACCGAGGCAAAUUUACCAGAAGGCAUAGGCAAAAAUGUGUGGAAUGAUGAAGCAGGAGGGGCAGGGGGUGGUAGUACAGGCAAUUGGCCUGGCCAUGGUGCUGUAAACGUCGGUAUAAAACAUAUACAAUAUAAUGACUUAUGGGGUAAUCGCAGCAAUGGCUUCGAGGCCUUCAACAAUAAAUUGCAAACAUAUAGCGAAGCACUUGAAAAACCUGAACUUGAAAUUACUGAAGGCGACAGAGAAGCAAAAGACUGGCAAUUGCAUUGGAAGGCAAUCCCUCUUGGUGUAGCGACGAUUAAAGGCAUAAAUGUAAGUUUCAAAGCAAAAGAUCAAGGUUUCGGAUACAAAAAAAGCAAGAUAUUUCUUCGUAUAUGGAGAAACGAAACAACGAAGACCGAAUUUAGUGAUUACAUUUUGACGGGUGGUACACUAGAGCAUGAUUGGAAAGAAUAUAACUGGGACGCUGGAGAAAAUCAAAGCAUUCCCAUUGGUGCGGUCGCCCAAUUGAUGUGUUUGGUCGGUAAAGAUGGCGGACAUGAACUUUAUGCCAAUGAUUUGAAGCUCAUACUGACCAUGGGGCCACCACAAAUGGCAACUGUGAAUACAAUUGACUUUGUUCAACAUGGAUUAGUAGAGAAAAAUACGAAAUCUGACCAGUUUAUUGAUCUGUAUGAUGAUGUGUUAUCAAUGUCCCAUGAUGUCAAGGGUGUCAAAGUCAGAUUUGAUGCAAAAGACCAAGGAUCGGGGAAUCUAAAAGGUCGUGUAGCAAUGUGCGUUAUCAAACCGUCGGGAGAAAAGAAAACUAUUCUGCUUCAUGAUGGGACCAUAGAGCAUAACUGGAACUCCUAUGAAUACAACUCCGCAAACGUAAUGCCAUUCAAAAUCGAGACAGGUGACGAAGUCAAAUUUAUGUGUGUUGUGGGAGGAGGUGGUGGUCACAAGCUUUUUGUGAAGAACUUGUAUGCUGUUCUUACCUUUCAUGAGACUACAAGAGUCUUUGCUCCAGCACAACAAGUCCAUAAUAAAAACAGCAUUGACUCGCUCAUUCCUCUUUACGAGCAGAAAUUCCCUUGUGGUGUUAGUGCUGUAACAAAAGUGAAAAUUACCCUUAAUGCUAAGGAUCAAGGUUCGGGGAACCUAAAGGGAAGUAUUUACAUGCGUUUGUGGGAAAAUGGCUGCAAAAAUGUUAUUUCUGACAUUCUUAUUGCAAAGAUCAGCCAUGAAUGGAAAGACUACUCCUAUGAAUCGGAUACUAUUGGUGGCGAAAUUCCUCCUGGAAGUGUAAUUCAAUUCAUGAUUCGAGUCGGUGGAGGUGGUGGUCACGAGAUGUACGUUAGAAACUUUGUUGCCAACAUCACCUAUAUAGAUUCACCAAGAGAUGAGACGGCCUCUGGUUUCAAUGGGGAAAUUCGUUGCGUGGCAAAAUUGAAGCAGCUACAUGUGACUGGUGCAACAUCCAACGUUAUUGUGAACGUCGUCAAGCCAAAUGGCUCCAUUCGUACAACUUUACCUCUCGAUGUAAGCAUACAUGAAAGCACAUUGAUUUCUAAGGUUGCUAUUGGGGACAAGCUUAAGUUUGUACCUAAAAGUCCGGGAAGUCACGGAUCCUUUCAAGUCACGGCCUCAUUCCUCCCACUCGAAAUUCCUGACCACAACAGUGUCGUGAUCCACUUUGCCCCCAGGCUGGAUUUUUAUGGAUUUGUGCAUGGCUAUGGACCUGACAAUAUCCUUACAGGUGAUGACCACCGUUUGGAACUCAAGCAGAAGUUGCGCGCUGUGACCGUAUCUUGCAAUUGGACGGACGACAACCCUGACUAUCAUUCCACUGGGAAGUUGUACCUUGUUCUCAGGACGAAAGAAGGUGGAGAGAAGGGUCGUUACGAUGUGUUUGGAACGGUGACGCACGAUUGGAAUCAUAUGAUGCGUGUAUUUGCUUCUGACGAUGAUCUUGUGAAAGAUGCACAACCUGGAGACCAUUUUGUCUUGUUACGUGAAGUCGGUGAAAAUGGUGUACUCCACAUCGAUGAUCUUGACAUGUAUUUGAUGCUCUCUGACUAAUAUUUCAUUGCUUCGCUAAUUGGAUAUCGAUGUGAGUGAUUAAUGACACGGAUUACAUACAUCGUUAGAAUAAAAAUUAUACAAAUCUAUAUUGAUUGGUUUAAAAGACUCCUUCAACUAGUGUUGCCAAUAAUGGUAACAUAGUGUAUUCGUAUUUGACCCUAUAGCCUUUGAUAAAUCUUACUUAUUCUACGACCUCUGCUUUAGUCAGAUCAUGCAUUCUGUUUUGCAAGUGAGUCCUUUGAUACAGGAUACAUGCUGUGACUGAGGUAGAUGCUUUUAUAGGAAUACACUCCUUUAUCAUAUUGGCAACACUAGUUGAAGGAGUCUUUUAAAUAAAUCAUUAUAGCUUUGUAUCCCACGAUCUUGCCUAUUCAUUAUUGUGCAGUUAAUUAAGCCAGGGAAGAAUGAAAUUUCACUCUUCCUUGAUUAAGCUUAUAUAUUGCGGGACAUUACGCAGAGGUUGCGCAUAGAUUACGCAAUAAUGAUCAUGAUUAUGGGGUCGUAGCCUACUUGGAAGUGGAUUAAGCAUCCACAGUACUGACAUUAAAUAACAAUGAAGUAACUAUUCACUCAUUCGCUGGAAUUAAUAUUUAGGCCUACCUUCUUCGACUGAUGGAUCAUGCUUCAAAAUGUGUUUUUGUGAGAAUCGGACUAAACCCACACAGGACAAUAACCACCAGAAAAAACCCACCCACAAUGGACUGUGUUUAAACAUUUAAAAUAAAACUAGGCUGUAUUGGAUAUUUGUAUACCAAACGCAAAUAUUACAAAGAUUCUAUAAUCUAGGAGUGCUCUCAUCCUAGUAAGUUUGACUUCAAAGGAGUUCUACACCAGACAUUGACAUAACCGUAGCCAAGUUAAUGAGGUCGGGAGUUCGAAUCCCAUGACGGGCAGUCGAAUUGUGUCCUUAGAAAGGAUGCUUUAUCUACAUUAGCCUCUCCUUAUCCGGACGUAUGGAAUGUUCAUGCUCUUUACCUGUUCGUGGUGGCCCUGUUACUACUUCACCGAAGAACUGCAAUCAAGAACCACAAAUAGUGGUAAUCCACACAAUAAAAUCAAGAUUGUAUAUGGCAUUGUCGUGUUGCUGAUAAGAGAUAUUAUAUCAUAUAUCAGGCCACAACGUCUAGGGUAGCACCAGCUCAAUUAGUUAUUGAUGAGAUGUCAAGAUGUACAAAUUGUCCUGCAUAACCACCUUCUGUAACAGAAUUUUUGAUCGAAGAGGAGUAAACAAAUGCAAUUGACAACCGCGACUUUAUUAUCCUUGAUAAGAUGAUAUGAACUUAUUUGCUGUACUUGCAACAACUGAUGGUUUGAGACGUCUAUUAAACUCAUCAGCGUGGUACAUGGAUGGUACCUUCAAUACAAACCAAAAUUACUACAAGCAACUGUACAUCAUAAGGGUCAAUUUAGAGAACAAUUCAAUUACAACUGUAUCUACUAACAAUUUCAAAAACGUGAACAUUAUGAGAAAUCUCCGGAGCCGUUGUUUCAAUGCUACACACCAAAUCCAACGGUUUCAAACAUGGAUUUUUGAGGAUGAAAUGAUUGUAUGCUGCAUGUGCUAGUGUGUUUAAACAGAAUAUCACAAUUCAUAGAUGCUUCUAUCACCUUGCACAAUCAUCAUGAAUAAAGUUACAAUCGCUGCAUUGCAUCACUUUAUUUGGAAGAUGGAAGACAUUCAGCACUUCUGUGGAAUGGUAGAUGUACUUGCUUUCCUGCCCCCUGAUAAGGUAAAAAAAAAUGUAUGCAGUUAAAAAAGGAUAACAUACUUGUCGGCUACCUAGAGACAAGAUAAAGCCAUCAAUAUUUUUUCGAACCAACAUCUGGAACGUACACCAACUAACACUAACUGGAGAAGCCAGAACUAACAGCAUAGUAAAUCACGGAACAGGAAGCAUCUAAUCAACACAGGGCAUACUAAUCCAUUGAUCUGGAAAGACAACAAUUCCAUCAUAUGACAUCGGCAUCACUAAUACAAUUGUUCAUGAGGGAAACCCAUACCUAUCACAAAGGUAACAGUAAACCAUCAACAACGACUUCAUGAUAUCAUCAGCAAAUAAAAUGACAGAACUAACAAAAUAGGAGGAACAAUCACAGCACAGGGUUAUAAAAUUAGAAUGUAAUAAAUAAAAUGGCAACUCAUACUAAGUUAUUAAUUAAGAAUGACAGUACCGGAAUAUUAUUCCAAUAGUAGGGAAUAUAAUUGUCAUAUAUAGUCAUAUAGUAAUAAACUGAUCAAUUUAAUAUUUCGAAUCAAUUAACAAUUAUUGAUAAUGAAAUAGAUAGGAUCUAAAUAAUGUGGAAUCAUUCAAUAUCUACCGUAAUUGUAGUUAUAUUAGUCUCUAAAAGUAGGUAUGUUUGUUUUCAAUCAAUAUGAUGUAUUCUAUACUGUUCUAUCAUUACUGCAGCAAUAAUUGUAGUUAUAAGUAAUAAUCUGAUCAAUAGUAUGUAUUGUUUUAAUUAAAUUCGUAUUCACUAUUAUGGAAAUAAACUGGUCUUACUACCUUACAUAUCUCAUUUCCUGUCAUUAAUAGAAGAAAAUAUAAUUAUAGUGACAAUUCAGUUAAAACAGAUAGAAAGAUAAGAUAUUAAGAUAUUAAGCUGUACAUGUUGUCAAAAGAAUUUAAUGAAUUAAAGGCGUAUAAUAUGUCCUGGGUGUGUCCUACCAUUCAAAUAAACAGACAGUAAACUGAUGAAAGAUUGAACAACUUUAGCAAAAGCUCAGAUGAAAGACAUAUAGUAAAACUUUUCUCAUUUAAAAUAGAAUAUGCUUAAACUACUUUCAAUUUACUUAAUGGUAACGUGUAAAUUGUAUAUAUUUUUAAAAAGUUAUUAUUAAUUGUUUUACGAUAGAUGUUAAAUAAAAAUGGGAUGGAUACCGGAAAACACUCUUAAGUAAGGGUAAAACAGGUUCAAUUUCAUACGAAAGUUAAAUGGAUUCCAUGUCGAUAUAUCAAUAUGUUUUUCAUCAGUAUGCCAAGGGUCAUUGUAUAUGGCUGGCUGGUUUAGUUUGGCAUGUAUACUAUUUCAUGAAACAGCUGUCGAUUAAUUUAAACUGAAAAUUAUAAAUAAAGCGAAUUCAAUUAUUAAGAAUAUCCAUCACCCACUACAGUAUGAAUGUCAACUGUCAAUGUUUUGGCUCCUUUUUAAUACAUCCAUGUGCAAAAUAUCACGAUCCUUUAACUCGUUUGUUCCAUGUUUUAUCCGUAUGUUAAAUAACUAUUAAGGCAUGAGUAUUGUGCAUGUUAAACUUACAUAAUGUAAAUGUAUCAUAUUAGAGGUAUAUGCACUAUAUUGGUAGUUAUAAUUGAGUUUUCGAGAAUUGAGCAGUCAUAUUAAUAAAUA